AUGAAUCGUGGAAGAAUGGCUCCACUGUGUUCGGGCUGUAUUGCAACAAGCCGUCCCUGGGUCCGUGGACCCGCAGCCCCGGGACCGUUCCACCGAGUUCGUGCAGACUUCGACUUUCAUAUCAGUUGGCUCAUAGCUGUGGCUGGUGACGUUUCCACCGGUGGUUCGCGUUCCUCGUCACAAAAUUCUUCACUGUUCGGAGUGCCGGUUAUCGUCGCGAUCGUAUCAGUUUCUUAACAGUUAAUUAACCGUGAGUUGUCGUAGUGAAUGUUUAUUCAAUCACGUGAACGAGUACGAUAUAUAUACUGCUCGUUGGAUGUUAAAAAGUAUUACACUGUGGCGUAUAUCAGUCUACAAAUGAAAUAUAUUGAAUCCGCGUGGCAAUCGACGUGCUGAGCGAAACCUGUGUGAGAGACCUAUCCAACCUGUGUAACCGUGAGGCAUCAAGCUAAAAGGUCCAAUUGCACGCGGAAGAUGAGCGAGGAGUCGAUGAGCGCGUCGCUCGCCGCCAGGAACUCGAGGAAUCGGGGAGCGUCGCGUUUAAUAAGAGUCCCGGGAGUCCGCCGACACGGCGUAGGAAUGCGACAAAAGCGGUAAUCGAGCGGCUGACAAAGUUACGACAACUCGGCAAGAAGAAACGAGGCUCGAGAGAGAGAGAGAGAGGAGUAAAAAUAUCGAAAAUCGUAAAGAAGAGCGAGACUUGAGACGAAGAAGUGAAGGUCACGUCCCAUCCUACGCCUCGAGACGUACACGCUGCCGCCUCGGGGGUAGAGAGACGACACGGUCAUUGAGAGAAUCUUGGCGCAGAACGCGCGCGGGUACUUUCUUGGAGCGUAAGGUAGGCGAGAGUGGAAACCAUGCGGAGAGGAGAGAAGGAGAGGCGAGUAACAAGGUAGAACGUUGUUGCGACGACAACGACGACAACGAAAAGGACGAAAACGAAGGAUCAAUCGAAC